GCCGCGGCUCUUUUCCUGUUUGGAGUACAGGGAAGUAGUAUCCCACAUCAGAAACAGCCCAGUCUUCAACUAGGGGCUCCCGCCGAGAUGUCCAAAAGGCUCAGCCCCCACUUACAGCAAAAAAUCCCGGAAGGUGCCUACUGUGAGAAACACCUGGAACCACUGCAGCUGUUCUGUGAUGAUGACCAAAUCGCACUUUGUGGCAAGUGCCUCCAGUCCCAGGAGCACACGCAUCACAUGGUGUAUGGAGUACAAGAGGCUGCUGAGAAUUACAGGAGGUUAUUCCAGGAGAUAUCAAACGUGUUGAAGGAGAAACUUGAGGUAGCUAAAAGCAUGUUGGCGGAUGAGCAAGAAAGAAUGGAAGAGGAGCAGAAUUUUAAAGAGAUGAUUGAGUCUGAAUAUAGGAUAAUGUUCCGAUUGAUGAUUGAAGAGAAUGAGGUGAACUUCCAGAGCCUGAAACAAUGUGUAUUCAACCUGAACUUGAGAGAAGCUAGUCUGAAUCAACUGACUGAUUUUGCCACAGAGCUAAGCAAGAAGUCCCAGGAAAUGCUACGGAGACUGAACGAUCUGGAGAGAGAGAACAUGAAUAAACUGAAGGAGAGUGAACUCAGGCUCUCUGAACAGAUCUGCAGCCUCCAAAGCAUCCCUGCAGAGUUAGAGAAGUGUGGGGAAUCCACCUUAGCACUGCUCCAGAAUGCGAGAUAUUCAUUGGAAAGGAGUGAGUCACUACUGCUUCAGUGUCUACAGCCUGCCCGAAUCGCAGACCUGAGUUUAUGCCAAAUAGCAGGAAUGAGCAAAAUGCUAAAGGUGCUCCAAAGGCCUAUAACUUUGGAUCCCAAAACAGCUCAUCCCUGUCUGGUCUUAUCUGAGGAUCUGAGAAGUAUAAGACUCAGAAACGUCCAGCAGGAUGUGCCUGGCAACCCGGAGAGAUUUGACUUCAGUGCCACUGUGUUGGGUGUGGAGAGCUUCACCUCAGGGAGGCACUACUGGGAGGUGGAUGUGGAAAAAACAACAAAGUGGCAAUUGGGUAUAUAUGAAGAUUCUGUCAGCAGAAAGAGUGACAUACCUAAAGCUUCUGCAGAUAAAGUCUUACUCACAGGAUCCCUGAUGGGAGCUGAUUUUACCCUCUGGGUCUUUCCCCCUUUAAGAAGAGUCUUCCUGAGAGAGCAAAUGCACAAAGUUGGAGUUUUCCUAGAUUAUGAGUAUGGGCAGAUAUCCUUCUAUGAUGUGACAAAGAGAUCCCUCAUUUAUAAUUUCUCUUGUCUCGCCUUCCAAGGAGCUCUCAGACCUAUAUUUUCUCUUUGCCUCCCAGUUGGAGGCACAAAUUCAGACUCUCUCAGCAUCUGCCUCCCUCAUGUUUCUUCUUGUAAUGUUACUGUUAGACCUCAGUCUUCCUUGGUGUGAAAUCUAAGACUACAAGAAGCCAGAAAGUUAAGAACAUGAUUUUGUAAAAUAAUUUAU